AUACAUAGAAAUCCAGUUUCCCCCAAACAAACAAGUUUGGAGGAUCGGUUGUCGCUGCAAAACGCCUCAUCGCCCUGUUUGUCUUCUCUGCCAUCUGGGAGCAAGAGACGCCUCAUCAUGUCCACUUCCUUCGUCCAAGCCGAGAAGCUGCGCCCGACCGCUUUCGAGGUGGAAUACUUUGAUCAAUACGAUUUCUACAGCUUGACCGACAGAUACAGCGGUGGCUCUUCACGCAAAGGCCGAUCCAAGAAAGAGGCUGAGGAUCAUACAAAUCGCCCAAAUCCUGGUGGCCAUGAGCGCAAGAUCGUUUUGAAGCUGCAACGCACAGAGCAGAAGCGAAAGGCGACAACCUCCCAAAAAUGAAAAAAUGCAGCUCUGAAUCUGGUUCACUACUCAGGAUCUAGACACCAUGGCAAUGUCGACGAGGCUACGGAGACUGACGGAUGGACGCCGUGUAAUUUGGUGGUUCCUUGAAUUACGGAAGAUGGUAGAUAGCCUUAUGGCUCACAUCAGGAACGAGUGAAAGUGAAGGCUGCAAUUCAUCCCAAAACCAUCAGGGGGCA